AUGGGUGAAAAUGUGGUUGAAGCAGAAGAAAAAGAAGAACGAAGUGGUGAAUCAAAGAAAAUGCAUGUGGAGCCGAAGAAAAUAAAAACUUUAAAGAACUAUUUACAAUGUAUAAAGAAUGAAGUUGGGGAAAUUAGUAGGGAAGUUCAGGAUUUGAAAAUGGAGAUCGGAAUGAUGAAAAUGGAGGUGAAUAGAGAGACUGGAAUGAUGAAGAUGGAGGUGAAGAGGGAUAUAGGUAACAUUAUGGAUUUAUUAAAAAUAAUUUGGGGGAAGGUGGAGAUUAUGGGGGAGAGGAAUAAUGGGGAUGGGGAGGGGAAUGAAAUGGAGGUGGAGAAGGUGGAUGAGGGGAAGACGGCGGAGGUGGGGAAGAAUGUGAAGGUAGGGAUGGUCAUGGAAGGGCCGAAGGUGGAGGAGUUGGAGAAGGUGGAGGGGGGAAGGAUAUGGAGGCGGGCUGGAAAUAGAGGGGACGAAGGUGGAGGAGUUGGAGAAGGUGGAGGCAGGGCUGGAAAUGGAGGGGACGAAUGUGAAGAAGGUGGAGGCGGGGCUGGAAAUGGAGGGGACGAAGGUGGAGAAGGUGGAUGA